AUGAAUUAUUUGCAGCAUACUCGACUUGAUAUUUACUUCAUAGUCCAGCACCUCAGUCAGUUUAUGUCUGCUCCUAUGGUGCCUCACUUAGAGGUUGGUUAUCAUGUACUGAGAUAUUUGGCUGGUACCUCUGAUUUGGGGCUCUUCUUGAAGAGUGAUGUUGAUUUUUCUCUAAAAGGAUACUCUGAUUCUGAUUGGGCUAGUUGUUCUGAUAAUAGAAGAUCCGUUUUGGGGUUUCUCUUGUUACUUGGUGGUUGUCCUGUCUCCUGGAAAUCCAAGACGCAACUCACCAUAACACUAUCUUCUGCAAAGGCUGAGUAA